CACUAUUCCUUUUUGAAUCCGGAUUCAAAUUAUUCAAAUUCAAAACUUUUUAACAUGCUUUUUUAAUUUCUUAAAUAAUACCAUUUAAGCAUCUUUCAGAAAUCUGAAACAUCUCCAUUGCGUUUUUUUUUUUCCCCUCCGGAAGAGGAAAUAAGUGAAGGUCAACGAUUGAGCCAUUGAGGGACGAGAUGGCUAGCUGCUUGGAGCAACCACCUAUAUAUCAUCCGCAGCAACAGCACGUAUUUUUAUAAUCUGUACAAUAGGAUAAUUAAAGACGAUCGUGGGACUAGCGUGCAAAUGGUCAACGAUUCCCAAGCGUAGUUACCAGAGCAGCAGCACGAUAAUUGGAGCAACCACCUAUCAUCCCCAUAUAUUCUCUGCUAGGACGUUUGUAUUGAGAAGAAGCACAUAGCUAGCUAGCUGCUUUGGUAAUAGCAAUGGCGGAGGGGAUCGCAUUCGAUCUGGUCAAAGGAGUGCUGGGCAAGCUGGGCUCCGCUCUCUGGGACGAAAUCGGGCUGCUGCGGAGCUUCAAGGACGACGCGGACGAUCUCAGAAGCAACUUCUCGGCGAUCCAGGCGGUGCUUCUCGACGCCGAGGAGCGGAGCAGCGCUGGGAAGGAGAGCCACGCUCUGCGCCACUGGCUGCGCAAACUGAAGGACGCCGCCUACGACGCCGACGACCUGCUGGACGAGAUCCGGACGGAAGCUGAAAAGGUACGUGGAUUUCUGUCCCGCGCUAAUCCGAUGCAUCUGAAGUUUAAGCGCGAGAUGGCACACAGGAUGAAAGAGCUCAGAGAAAAGAUUGGUAAGAUAGCGAAACAAAGAAAUGAUUUCGGUCUUGCCGAAGCUGGCCCUGGUCGGCAGGCUGAGUUCAAGCCCCGUGAGACAUCCUCGCUCUUCGAUGAAAAGGAAAUAGUUGGGAGAGAUGAUGAUAAAGAGAAAAUUGUGAAGCUACUGCUGGAGACGGGCUGCGAUCACAACGUGUCGGUCAUUCCGAUCGUGGGAUUGGGGGGUUUGGGGAAGACGACGCUCGCUCGGCUGGCCUUCGCCGACGGGCGGGUUACGGGCCAGCAGCCCUUCGAUCUACGGGUGUGGAUCUGCGUGUCUACCGAUUUCGACAGAAAGACGAUUGCAAGGUCGGUCAAAUCCGCAACCGAAACCAAAGAGGAGUGCAAUCUUGACACCUUGGAAUCCGCCUCGAGUUUUCUCGACAGGAUCUUUAGCCAGAAGAGAUUCUUGCUGGUGUUGGAUGAUGUAUGGAACGAAGAUCAGCAGAAGUGGAAUGGUUUGAAUGGUUUGAAGGUUGUAUUUAAGGACGGCAGGCAGGGAAGUAAAAUCUUAGUAACCACACGAAGCGAAAAGGUUGCCGAGAUAAUGGGAACAGUCGAACCACACCGUGUGAAAGGCUUAUCGGAUGAUGAUUGUUGGACAUUGUUCAAAAGGCUGGCAUUCAAGGAAGGGGAAGAGAACGGCUAUCCGACUUUGGUGGAAAUUGGAAAGCAGAUAGUUAAGAAGUGUGGUGGCUUGCCUUUAGCAGCGAAUGCUUUAGGAAGUAUGAUGCGCUUUAAGAGCAGGACAGAGGAUGCAUGGUCCGCUAUUAGAGAUAGUGAAAUAUGGAGGUCGGAAGAAAGCGAAAUAUCGAGGUCGGAAGAAAGAAUUAUUUUACCAUCAUUAAAAUUGAGCUAUAUUCAGAUGCCGUCGGCUUUGAAGCAGUGCUUUGCUUACUGCUCCAUAUUCCCCAAGGACUACAAGAUUAACAAGGAUGACUUGAUCCGGCAAUGGAUUGCUUUAGGCUUCAUUUCAUCGCAAGAAACAUGGACUUCGAUGGAAGAUAUUGGGAAUAAGUACUUUAACAAUUUAUUAUGGAUGUCUUUUCUUCAAGACGUGGGGAAAAAUUAUAGAAAUGUUACCAUCUGCCGUAUGCAUGAUUUAGUGCACGACCUCGCACAAUCUGUGGCAAAAGAAGAAGUUGCUGUUAUAGGUGUGGCAAAAGAAGAAGUUGCUGUUAUAGGUGGAGAAGAGUCGAUAAGGAUCACGGAAGGCUGCCGCUAUGUCUCGAUACACAGUUGUUGCACGCCAGAUGUUUCAAUUACCGUAAAGCGGAGGUUGCGAGCUCUUCAGUUUAGGGAAUCUAGUUCACUUAUUAUGGCCUUUUAUAGCGAGGCAAAAUGCUUACGCUUGUUGGAAUUAUGUGAUUCCAAAAUUUCUAUGCUGCCAAGCUCAAUCGGUAAGUUGAAGCUCUUAAGAUACCUCGACCUUUCGGGGACCGAUAUAGAAAAAUUGCCUAAAUCAAUUACCGGCCUCUGCAACUUGCAAACCUUGAAUCUUUCAAGCUGCCGCAAGAUCCGUACACUACCCAAAUUUCUAGGAAGGCUUACGAAUUUGCGGAUUUUAGAUUUAGGAGGUUGCCUAUCUCUGACCUCCAUUAGCAACCUUCAGAAUUUGUACGCACUAAAUUUGAGUUUGUGCGAAAAUGUGAUAUCACUUGAACCUAUAUGUCACCUCAAAAACCUGCAUUACCUAGACCUGUCAAAUAUAGACUCUUUGGUGGCAUUACCUGAAUCCAUUGGGAGCCUUCAAAACUUGCGUGUUCUGAACCUUUCUAGGUGCUGUUGUCUAAAAUGGUUACCCUCAUCAUUAUGUGCUCUCAAAAACCUGUGUAACUUAAACCUAUCGUGUCUAAAUUCUUUGGUGACAUUACCUGAAUCCAUUGGGAGCCUUCAAAACUUGCGUAUUCUGGACCUUUCGAACAGCUUUUCUCUAAAAUCAUUACCCUCAUCGUUAUGUGAUCUCAAAAACCUGCAUGACUUAAACCUAUCGUGUCUAAAAUCUUUGGUGACAUUACCUGAAUCUAUUGGGAGCCUUCAAAACUUGCGUAUUCUGAACGUUUCUGAAUGCUAUUCUCUAGAAUCAUUACCCUCAUCGUUAUGUGAUCUCAAAAACCUGCAUGACUUAAACCUAUCAAAUCUAAGAUCUUUGGUGACAUUACCUGAAUCCAUUGGGAGCCUUCAAAACUUGCGUGUUCUGAAUAUUUCUAAAUGCUAUUCUCUACUAUCAUUACCCUCAUCGUCAAGUGAUCUUCAGCAUUUAGAGAAACUCGACAUCAGUGAUUGUGGAAAAUUAUGUGAGCUGCCUAAAAUGAUCCAAAAGCUGACCAAACUAAAAGAAUUGUUAAACUCCGAUUGCUCGGAAUUGAAGGGCAUGCCUCGAGGGAUCGGCAAGUUAGUUAGCUUGCAGAAAUUACCCCUUUUUGUCGUCGGCAAGCAAGACCGCGUCGAACAUUGUGCUAGCAUCUCUGAGCUAGAGCACCUUAAGCUUGUCGGCUGGCUGGAGAUCAAGGGUCUUGAAAAUGUAACGAGUCCGGUUGAUGCCAAGGCUGCAAAUUUGAUAGAGAAGAAGCUGCGGUCUUUGAAGUUGGAAUGGAACGUUUUAAGUGCGGAAGAAGGCACGGAUAGUACUGUACUACCGGCGGAAGAGAUCGAAACCGUGCUAGAAAAUCUUCAACCACAUCAAAAGCUAGAGAAAUUGGAAAUACAAGGCUAUGGAGGCGGGAAGUUUCCUAGCUGGAUGAUGAAUAGGAUUAGCUCGUGCCUCCCAAAUCUCGUUGAAAUCAGACUUGCCGGUAUGCCCGGAUGCAGCGCACUCCCGCCGCUAGGGCAACUUCCUUUUCUUAAAGAACUAAUUAUAGGAAAUAUGCCCGCAAUAACAAAUUUGGGCGUAGAAAAGUUCACUGCGCUGACGAGCCUUUGGUUGUCCUCCAUGCCGGUGCUGCGAGAAUGGGUGACGGUAUUGACGGUGGAUGACGAAGAAGGCAGGCGAGAGCGAGUUCCCAUUUUUCCGUGUCUCACUCAUUUGAUUCUAUAUGAAUGUCCUCAGUUCAGCCCAGAGCCUUGCCUCCCGGCGUCGGUUGAGUAUCUGGAAAUUUCCGGAACAAGCAGCGAGAAUCUAUCGUUAAUUCUCGAACGCGCGACGCCACUUGAUAUCGGGCUGCGGGAUCUAAAAAUACAAGAAUGUCAUCAGCUAACUUGUUUGCCCGAGAGCUUGCGGAGUCUCACGUCCCUCAAGAGCCUGAGUAUAUGGAGUUGCGAAGAUCUCGAGAGAAUUGAAGAUUGGAUCGAGGAGCUCACCAAGCUGCGGUCCUUAGAGAUCUGGCGGUGCAGCAAUCUCCGUUACUUGCCUGCCCACAAGAUAACCACACUUUAUAAGUUAGAUAUUAGGGAGUGCCCCCUGUUGCUCGAUGCAGAUGGACAACUUGUCGACACCAGUGUCGAUCACAUCGAAGAAGUCACAGUUGAUGGAAGGUUGGUGCUGUCUAGCUUUUGGAGGAGAUUUGUUGUGUAAUAUCGUCGGUUGAUAUAAAUUUGUAUUUCUGUGAUAUGAAUUAAAUUUCUGAAUGUACUAUUUUGUAAUUUGGUUUGAUUGUUUGUACUUUUAUGGUGUUCUCUAUACAUGUUAUGAGUUUAAAAAAGAUUGUUUGGUUUGAAUAAACAAAAUGUUGCUACCUUUAUAAUACGGAUAUUAGAGGGUACCGUUUAUUACUA